AUGUCUUCCAUAUCGCACGGUACACCUCCAGCACUUUCUCAGAAUCCAGUAUCGACUCCAGCCGAGGAAUGGGCGGACAAGACAACGUCGGCUCUAGGAACAGGCUCGACGUCAGAGCCUGUAGCUUCCUCAGGGGUUGCCCACAACAUCGAGAGCACGUCGGCGUCGCCCGGCACCGAAGUGCCUGGCGCGUAUCCUCAAGAGGCUCACUCACGUAGCACAGGUACAACUUCCUACGCCCACUCCGCAGGCCAAGUAGCCCACGACGCAAAAGGAGUCGCUCAGGGGGUUGCCGACGAUGUCACCCAUGCCAUCCAGAGCGCAGGGCACACCGCAGCCCAAUAUUUACCCAAGGGUGUUGUCGCUGCUAUUUCGCCUUAUCUUCCUGGAGGCGGAACUUUGGCAGCUUCUGAGCAUGAUCAUCCUCAUGUGAAAUCUUUGCCUUCGCAAGAACUAUCGGGGAUGCAGCCUGGAGAGAAGUCAGAAGGCGUAGGGGCACUUCCAGGCACAGCGGAAGAAACAGGCGUCGCACGUCUUCCAGAUGAUCGCACGCCGGCUCCUCGUACACCUUCUGAAUCAGUAAUCCCCGCCUCCGUUGGCGAUACCGCACCGCGCAGCGGUGUGGCUGCCUCGCCGCAGACCAGCGCGUUCGGGAAUUCGGCUUCACGUGCGACCGCCGACCUUCCCUCACCAUCAAGUACUCCUCUUAACGCCGGAUCCAUGACUGGCGCGGCCGCUGCGACUGGAGGUGCGGCCGCGGCAGGUGGAGCAAUCGGAGCCAGCCAUUUCGGAAAACCUGGUUCGGCCAAGGCUCCGACGAAAUCCUUACCAUCGACGGAUGAAGCUAUCUUCGACAAGGAUCUUUUUUCGCCGUCUAAGGAUGUUUCGGCGGUUUCGGCGAUUGGCACGACGAGUGCUCAGCCGUUUGGCAGCACGGGUUCAGGCAUGUCACAGAAAUUUGGCGAGGCGGGUUACGGCGCUGCUUUUGGGACUGCGGCCGCAGGAGGGACAGGUUUGGGAGCCACAGGCCCAGGUAAUGUUGGACCAGGAGGCAUCUUCGAUACAGGAUCUCAGCGCUUCGAUAAAUCGCCCGAUGUUGACGCUCCUAGUACAACAGAUUUUACUAGCGCAGAGUCUCAACAAUUCGAUAGCACACCCAGCAAGGGAGGAGUCGGCGCAGGAGAUGGCAGGGCAGUUCCAAGCUUUGACAAGUCCACGCCGGCAACCCACAACGACAUAUCAGACUCCUCAAAAGGCGCAGAUAAUACGGCGAAUGAUAGCAAGCAAGGCGCAGGCGGCAAGUUUGGCGGUGUCCACGCAACUCAAGAGCCGUCAAGGGCUGGCCUAGGUAGCGACGCCGGAUUCGCAGGCGCAGGCGUGGGGACGGGUGUUGGUGCUUCUGCUGCCAGCGCAGAUAAGGAAAAGGUACGCAACGAACCACCUCGAGUAAACCUUCAGCCGCGCGAGUGGCGGACGUGGCAAGGCGCCAGGGUCGGGAUUCCGCCGUCUGUCUCCGAUGUCAAGUUGGCUGAAGGAGAGGGUGCCGAGCGUGACGACGACCAUGGCGAUGAUGGUCUACCUCAUGGGCCUAAAGUCGAUCACGAUCGCUAUCGCACCUCUGGCCAAGAGCGAGGCCAAUUUGCUGAUGUCGCGGAUUCUCAGGACUCAUCCCAGGCGAAAGGGCGCUCCUCGUCCAUUGUGAAUACCACAGGGUCUGGUGGUUCGGUCGGUAGCCACAGCCACAAGGCGAAAUUCAUGGACAAAGUGAAAGGAGAGGUGAAGAUAAUUUCUGGGGUCCUUGGGAAUGAUCAUGCGAAGGUUGAACAAGGCAAACUUCUGAAGAGUGGCACGCGAUGA